AGCUGUCCCUCCAAGCUGAACCCAAAGACCUUCGUGGCCUUCUGCAUCAGUGCCAUGGACAGACUCACUAAGGACACCUACCGUGUACGGUUUGCUCUACCUGGGAACAGCCAGCUUGGCCUGCAGCCCGGCCAGCACCUCAUCCUACGCACUCUCCCAUCUGUAGUCCCAGAGGAGCCAUACAACUGGAAUGCAGAUAGCUGUCCACAUUGUACAGAAGGGGCCACGGGGGAUCAAAUGAUCUACUGGGAUCUCACAGCCAGCACAUGGCAGUGGAUGAGCUAAGUAUUCUUUUUUUUUCCCUCUUGUACCUUGUCUGUCUCUCAGUGAGGACCUUUACUUUCACCAUUCUGGCAGAGGAGGUACCUCAUAAGGAUUUGCGGUUGUUUGUCUGUUUGUUUGUUUGAGACAGUCUUGCUCUAUUGUCCAGGCUGGAGUGCAGAGAGAAGUGCAUGAUCUUGGCUCACUGCAACCUCCACCUUCCAGGUUCAAAUGAUUCUUGUGCCUGAGCCUCCCGAAUAGCUGAGACUACAGGCAUGAGCCACCACACCUGGCCAAAUUUUUGUUAGCAGAGAUGGGGUUUCACCAUGUUGGCCAGGCUGGUCUCAAACUCCUGACCUCAAGUGAUUUGCCCACCUCAGCCUCCCAAAGUGUUGGAAUUACAGGCAUGAGCCACCGUGCCUGGCCUCAUAAGUGUUUGUUGAAUGACUGGCUGACUGAUUGCAUGCUUCUCUUUCCUAGAGGGAUAGUAGAUGACUUAGAAAUUCAGAGAGCCUAUACGCCCAUCAGCCCUGCCAACGCAGAAGGAUACUUUGAAGUGUUAAUUAAGAUGAAGAAACUGAAGCUCAGAAGAUGACAUCAUUUGUCCCAAGGCCCCUCGGUGCUACCAGAUGGGGCUGAUGUCUCGGUAUGUUGAGUCCUGGAGAGCAGGAGCCAUAGCUUUCUGGCGAGGACCUUUCGGAGAUUUCUUCUAUAAACCAAACCAGUAUGGUGAGCUCCUCAUGUUGGCUGCGGGCACAGGCCUGGCCCCCAUGGUUCCCAUCCUGCAGAGCAUCACAGACAAUGAGAAUGAUGAGACUUUUGUCACUCUGGUUGGUUGCUUCAAGACCUUUGAGAGCAUCUACCUGAAAACCUUCCUCCAAGACCAGGCCCGUUUCUGGAACGUCCGUACCUUCUUUGUACUCAGCCAGGAGAGCUCCCCAGAGCGGCUUCCCUGGAGUUACCAAGAGAAGACCCGCUUUGGCCGCCUGGGCCAGGACCUGAUUAAAGAGCUGGUCAGCUGCUGUCGGAGAAAGCCAUUCGCACUGGUCUGUGGCUCAGCUGAGUUCACCAAGGACAUAGCCAGGUGCUUACUGUGUGCAGGCCUCACUGAGGACUCCUACUUCCUCUUCUAGCCCUGGCCUCCCUUCCAAAGCCCAGGCCAGGGGCCUGCUACUGGGACCCAGGAAGGAGCACAGACUGAAAUCAGAAGACACGGAGUCCAGGCCUGGUCCUGCUGCUCAUUUGCCAGGUGUCCGUUACUGCUCAGACCUCUACUUCUCAUCUGCCCCUUGAGGUUAAUUACUUCUCCUGGCCUCCUACUAUCUGGAGGAAAGACAGACUGUAGGGGUCCAGAGGAGGUGAGCAGCCAGCCUGGGAGUGAGGGAGGACUCCUCAGAGGAAGCCAAGUCCAGGCUGAGCCCCAGGAGGAGUAGGAGUUGGGCAGUGGAAGAGUCAGGAGGAGCUUCUCUGACCCCUCUGAUUAGAGGAUCUCUUGGGGGCUACAGCUGUGGCCUCAGCACCAUCUCAGAUUAGGGGCUCCUGGGUGUGUAGGGAAGGACACAGGAGAGGCUAAGAGCUCUUUGGAGGAGGACCCUACCUUUCCUCCAGUGCCAUGAGCCUGACACAAAAAGGUCUUGGGUUCUAUGACUUGACCAUGUCCUGAGAGCAAGACGGGGCCCUGGAGUUUGUAUUGAUCCCAAACCUUUCCUGCUGUGAACAGCUUCAUUCUCAGUCCCCUUUCUUGGCUCAAGAACCCAGCCUAGCAAAAGAGGCGCGGGAAGGAAAUGCCCCUCCCUCCUGCAGGCAGCCGCUCAGCCUGUGCCUUCAGCUCGGUGCCCUAGUGACUGUUGCUAUGGAGAUCUAAAGAUAGAGCAGGAGUCAGGAGACCUGGGUCCUUCUCCCAGCUCUGCCCACUGAGUGGCUGCCGAUUCCAGUCACCCACCCCAGGAACCCAGAGGCCCUGGGCAACGCACUGCAGUUAAUGAAUUCUGAUUUUCACAGCUUGGGCUCCGGCAUGCUGCACCAGCUCGGGCUGGCUACAGGCAAUCCCAGAAUCUGAAUACUAAGCCAUGGAAUCUUAGAGUUAGACUUUUAUAGUCAUAGAAGUAUACUCCUCACCAUAUCAAAGCUGAAAGUUCAGGACUCCAAGAAACACACAGUGUGACAGACUUAUUGUAUACAUGGGGAAACUGAAGCCCAAUGAGGCUAAAUGACUUUCCCAAGGUAAAACAGUCCAUGGCAGAGCCAAAACUACAAGCCUCCUACUUUCAACCUCAUGUAUGAGUUCUGCACCAGUGGUUUUCAAACUGUGCUCCAAAGAAGAUGAGGGUCCUUUGCAUAGCAGCAGUGAAAGGACAGCUCCAGAUGGAUCCCCAGACCCCCUUCAACCAGAGCAGUUCUGUUUUUAUCCCGUUCGUUUAUUGGGCUUGGAGUAAUUAUUUGUACAAAAGGAUUUUCCUAUCCCACGCAAAAAAAUUGCAACAAAUCUCUCUACUAUGUCACAUUUAAUAAAUAAUUAUGAUACAGAGCUGGGGGAUGGUGCAGAGGUUCAAACUGUUUCACAGGCAGAGUUCCAGGGUCAGAGAGCAUGGAGUACUGUGUGUGACCUUCUCCCAGAAGCAUGGGCAUAGGAGCAUGUUAACUCCUUUCAUUUUGUUUAACCCAGAGUUUCUCAAGCUUAUUUAACUAAAGAAUACUUUUCUAUGGGUUUCAUAACCUCUUUCUAGCACAGUAUAAUGAGUGGGAAAGGCCCUGACUGAGAGUCAGAGAUUCCGAGCAGGAGCCAUGAUCUCUUCCUGCCUGGCCUGUGACUUGGGCAAGACACUUUUCCUCUCCCCAGGCCUCUGAGGUCUGCGAGUCUUCCUCCACCCUUUCCUCUCCGUCAGUUAGCAUGUCCUAUUGACUCAGCUCCAAAUAGCGGGGGGCUUGUCAGGAGCCUGACUCUGUUCAGACAUCAGGGGAACAACAGCACACCAGUUGCAGUUAUGUCCAUGGGAGAACUUACAGCCUAGCAAGGAAGGCAGAAAUUCAACCUGUCAUUGUGAAAGGGAUGGCGUCAUGAGAAGGGAAGUGCAGAGUGCUGGGGGAAUGGAUGGCAAGGGCUUUAGCCUAGUCUAGGGAAAGGCCAGGGCGCACCACUGCCACUGGGGAUAGAGGCUUCAGAAGCUUCCAAAUCUCUCAAUAUUAAGAGUGUUGCCGGGCCUGGUGGCUCACACCUGUAAUCCCAGCACUUUGGGAGGCUAUAGCGGGCAGAUUGCCUGAGCCCAGAAGUUCAAAACCAGCCUGGCCAGCAUGGCAGAACCCUGUCUCUACAAAAAAUAAAAAUAAAAUACAAAGAUUAGCCUGGUGUGGUGGUGUGCGCCUGUAGUCCCAGCUACUCUGGAGGCUGAGGUGGGAGUAUUGCUUGAGCCAGGGAGGUCGAGGCUGCUGUGAGCUGUGAUUGAGCCACUGCACUCCAGUCUGUGUGACAGAGCAAGACCCUGUCUAAAUAACAACAAUAAUAAUAAAAUCAAAAAGAAUGUUAAGGACAACUCCACUUAAGGAAUAGAGGUCUGGGGCAGUUCUUGUGUCUCUGUCCCUGUCUCGUUAUAGAUGUAUGAUAUUUAGAUAGUAGACAAGGCCGCCCAUUGGUAACCAACAGCCCUUUUGUCCUAGAAUGUGUUGACCUCCUCUUUCCCUCAGUCUGUGUAGGUUCUUUGCAGCCUGGCUGCUGGUGGGAUCUCUUAUCAUGGGACAUUGGUGAGGACCCAGUCAUGCCCCUGGUGCCAAGAAGCCUAAAGGGCUCCUGUCACCUGAAAACUUGAGAGUGCAGGGCCAGGUGCUGUGCCCUACAAGGUGCUGAGCAAGCCUAAGAACAGUGUGGGGUGUGGUGUGUGAGUUCAGACCUCUUGGAGCUGGGGCGGGAGGGGGUGCUUCCAUCAUCCAUCAGCUGCUGUUCCUCUGAUGAUGCCCACUGCGUGUUGUGGGAGGCAUGACCACCGUGUGAUGUUGCAGUGGGAGAAGGGAGACUUAGGAGCUAGACAUGACACACAGGCAUGGAGAAGUCAACAAAGUGUUCGCAAUCUGUGAGCCAGACAGAGCUCUCUGUGUGCAUGCAUCCCGAGCUUCAGGAAGGCAACAGAUUAUUGGUAGCAGAAGCGGUGACAGCUUCAGUUCACCCCUCACCACGUUUACCAGUGCCACUUCAGUGCUCCCCUCAUGGGUCUCCCAUCUCCCAGUCUCCCGUCCAUGCCACCUCCAUGCCAAGAUCAGACCCAUUUUUCCCACACACAAAUCCAAGUCUGUCACUCCCCUGCUUGAAAUCCUUCCCUGUUUCCCCAUAGCCUUGGGGUAUGGCCUGUCUGCUCUGCCUACCUCUCCAGACUUAUUCUAUGCCCUGGCCUGCUCGCACCUACCUCUCAGGCUCCAAACAUGUUCUCUUGCCUCAGCCCAUCCUUUAUAUUUGCAGCUUCCUCUGCCUGGCCAGCCUCCCAACUUCCCAUCUCCCACUCACCUUUUUUGCCUCCUCCUCAUCUUCUAAGCUCUCAGCUCAGUGUCACUUCCUCUGAGAGCCUCACCUGUCGCUUCCACUCCAGCUUGGUCAGUUAGCAGAGAGGUGUGCGUGCUUUUCUGUCACUGCACCCAUCAGUCUCAUCUGCAUGUGAGCAUGAGGGCCGGCCCAUUGUACCUCGGACAGGGGAGGAUGCUCAGCACUUCCUGAAUGUCGAAUACCUGAGCGAUAGACACCUAAUCUUCAAGAAGUGCUUUCCAUGUGGUUAAAUGCAUUUCCUUUACUUUGAAGCACAGAAUCUUCCCCAAAAUAUAAGCUAUUUUAUGACCCCAAUUUACUGAUGAGGAAACUAAGCUUCUGAGACUUCAAGCAGUUUUCCAAGGUCAUGUAGGGGUACACAAGUUCCAGCAUAUUGUGAUUGUUGUAAAGGUUGUAUGUGACACAUGAGUGCACCCAGAGAUGUAUAUAAAGAUUUUUAUUGACGGUCAGUCAUGGUGGUUCACAUCUGUAAUCCCAGCACUUUGGGAGGCCAAGACGGGUGGAUCACCUGAGGUCAGGAGUUGGAGACCAGCCUGGCCAACAUGGAGACACCCUAUCUCUACUAAAAAUACAAAAAUUAGCCAGGUGUGGUGGUAAUCCCAGCUACUCAGGAGGCUGAGGCAGGAGAAUCGCUUGAACCUAGGAGGCGGAGAUAGCAGUGAGGCAAGAUCGUACCACCACACUCCAGCCUAUGCGACAGAGCAAGACUCAGUCUCAAAAAUAAUGAAAAUGAUUUUUAUUGCUGCAUUCUCUGAAAUAGCAAAGAAUAAAAAUUGCCUGUUAUGUCCAUCAAAAAGCAGAUGGAGAAACGCAGUUGUAUAUUCAGACAGUGGAUACAGCAAUUAAAGUGAACUCCAUCCACAUGUACCAAUAUAGACAAAGUAAAAACAUAACUGAGUGAAAUGCACAUUGUGAAAGGGUAGCUACAGUGAGAUACCUGUUCUUGGAAAGUAAAAACCCAAAAUAAUGCCAAAUACUCAGGAGGAGACACACCAACUUCAAGGAUAGUGGUGGCCUUUCGUGAUAGACAGAACGGAAUGGGACGGGGUGACAGGGCUUGUAGCCAUAUCCAUAUGUGUAUUUUACUAUAAAAAUACUUGACAUGAACAUGGCAAAAUAUGAACACCUGGUGAAUCUGGGCAAUGAGUUCCCCAAAGUCUGCUGUAUUAUUUUCUGCCUUUUUCUGUGUUUGAGAUAGUUCCACAAUUAAAGAUUGUUUUAAAAGUCAAA